UUGUUGUGAGCCGGAGGAGACGCGGGUGCAACAGGGACUGCCAGAGUCGCCGCUCUCCCGCUUCCAGCCUGCGCCGAGAGGUGUGAAAAUUUAAAUAACACAAUUUUGCCUGGGGCUUUGGUCAAACAAAUGCUGAGAAGUUACAUAAAGAAGAUCUCUAGGAGCCAUUUCUCAACAAUUAUAUAGUCAACUGAUGUAACAAUGGUACUAAUAUUGGGUCGCAGAUUAAACAGAGAGGAUCUUGGGGUGCGUGAUUCCCCAGCAACUAAGCGUAAAGUUUUUGAAAUGGACCCCAAAUCUCUGACAGGUCAUGAGUAUUUUGACUUCUCUUCAGGAUCAUCCCAUGCUGAAAACAUCCUUCAGAUAUUUAAUGAGUUCCGAGACAGCCGCUUAUUCACAGAUGUUAUUAUCUGUGUGGAAGGAAGAGAGUUCCCAUGCCAUCGCGCGGUCCUCUCAGCCUGUAGCAGCUACUUCAGAGCCAUGUUCUGUAAUGACCACAGGGAGAGCCGAGAAAUGCUGGUUGAGAUCAACGGCAUUUUAGCUGAAGCUAUGGAAUGUUUUUUGCAGUAUGUAUAUACUGGGAAGGUGAAGAUCACAACAGAGAAUGUCCAGUAUCUCUUUGAAACCUCCAGCCUCUUCCAGAUUAGUGUUCUCCGUGAUGCUUGUGCCAAGUUCUUAGAAGAACAGCUUGAUCCUUGCAACUGCUUAGGAAUCCAGCGCUUCGCCGACACCCACUCACUCAAAACACUCUUCACAAAGUGCAAGACCUUUGCGUUACAGACUUUUGAGGAUGUGUCCCAGCAUGAAGAAUUUCUCGAGCUUGACAAAGAUGAACUUAUUGAUUAUAUCUGUAGUGAUGAACUUGUUAUUGGUAAAGAAGAGAUGGUUUUUGAGGCUGUUAUGCGCUGGGUCUACCGAGCGGUUGAUCUGCGAAGACCACUGUUACAUGAGCUUCUGACGCACGUCAGGCUUCCUCUUUUGCAUCCCAACUACUUUGUUCAGACAGUUGAGGUGGACCAGUUGAUCCAGAAUUCCCCUGAGUGUUACCAGUUGCUGCACGAAGCAAGACGGUACCACAUACUUGGCAAUGAAAUGAUGUCCCCAAGGACUAGGCCACGCAGGUCUACUGGCUACUCAGAGGUGAUAGUUGUGGUUGGAGGCUGUGAACGAGUUGGAGGAUUUAAUCUUCCAUACACUGAGUGCUAUGAUCCAGUAACAGGAGAGUGGAAGUCCUUGGCCAAGCUUCCAGAAUUUACCAAAUCCGAGUAUGCAGUCUGUGCACUGAGGAAUGAUAUUCUUGUUUCAGGUGGAAGAAUCAACAGCCGUGAUGUCUGGAUUUAUAACUCACAGUUAAAUAUCUGGAUCAGAGUUGCUUCUCUAAAUAAAGGCAGAUGGCGUCACAAAAUGGCUGUCCUUCUUGGUAAAGUGUAUGUUGUUGGCGGCUAUGAUGGGCAAAACAGACUCAGCAGUGUAGAGUGUUACGAUUCCUUUUCAAAUCGUUGGACAGAAGUUGCUCCACUUAAGGAAGCAGUGAGCUCUCCUGCAGUGACAAGCUGUAUAGGAAAAUUGUUUGUGAUUGGUGGAGGGCCUGAUGAUAAUACUUGUUCUGAUAAGGUCCAAUCUUAUGACCCAGAAACCAAUUCUUGGCUACUUCGUGCAGCUAUCCCCAUCGCCAAGAGGUGCAUAACAGCUGUCUCUUUAAACAAACUGAUCUACGUAGCUGGUGGACUGACCAAGGCGGUAUAUUGUUACGAUCCUGUUGAAGACUAUUGGAUGCAUGUACAAAACACAUUCAGCCGGCAGGAAAACUGUGGUAUGUCUGUUUGUAAUGGUAAAAUCUAUAUCCUGGGUGGAAGACGGGAAAAUGGAGAAGCCACAGAUACUAUUCUCUGUUACGAUCCUGCGACAAGUAUCAUCACAGGAGUGGCUGCAAUGCCCAGACCAGUAUCCUACCAUGGCUGUGUAACCAUUCAUAGAUACAAUGAGAAAUGCUUUAAGCUCUAACUAAACCCAGCAUACCUCACACAGAAGGCAACGCCAAUCCAGGAGGAAAGUUUUUAAAAUUACCACAUGAGAACACAACUCCUUUGUGUCAUAUGCAAAAAGAAAUAAAUAAUCCUGAUGCCUUUCUGACCCAAAAUACCAAUAUUUCAAGCUGUCAUAAAUCCUUUCCUGUAAUGAGUGAUUAUAGUGAGGCCAGUCCUCACCUUUAUCCCAGCACCCAGAAGGAAGAUUUCUAUACGUUUGAACCCAGCCUGGUCUAUACAACAAGUUCUAGGCCAGCAAGGACUACACAAUAAGACCUGUCUUUAAAAAAUAAUAAUAAUAAUAAUUUGGCAUAUGAUUAUACUUUGACAUUUUUGAGAAACUAUGUGGGGUAGGCAGUAACGCCCAGUGUAAACUUCUUGGGGAUUUGUGAACCGUCUUUGAGGAAUGUGUCUUUUCCUGUCAGUUUUGUAGAGAGUACUGCAUGACUGAAGCUUCAUUUAGGUUGAAUUGCCUGUUGUUAAAAAUGUUUAGAAUUCAUUGUGAGAGGAAGAACUGAGUGUGUUUGUUUGUUUGUUUGUUUGUUCGUUUUAACAAUUUAACUUUAUGUGCAUUGGUGGGAGGGGAUCAGAUCCCUUAGA